CGGCCUACGCGCGGUGAUCGACCGAACUAUCACCUGUCACUCACUGCUCCGCCCACUCAUCUACACCCACUCGUCCACGAACAAAGCACUGGGAUCUGACUGCUACGCUGCGACGAUGAUAACCGCCUAUCUUGACGAUGAGAUGAAUGCGCAUUCCAAUUGUCGGACAACAUCUGCAACAGUGCAUCGACUGCACGCUCGAUCUAUGACAUUUCGGCGGUCCAGCGUAUGUUGGAUGUCAACAGGUCGCAUGAGAUACUCGCACGCCUACGGAUGCUUGCUGCAGGUAUGUCCCGAGGUCGGUCGGCUACUGUUACACCGAUUCAGCUUCUGCCUAAGAAUCACUUCCGUAAUAGUCAUUUGGAUCAUUCAUUGAGCAACUGUGCAUAUAAAAGACAAAACUCCAAAUCAUCGUCCACGACAGCGGACUGCCUCAUUAUUACCCGAUCGGUUAUUUCCAUAUCCAGUUGGAAUCAACAACAGCGACAAAAACAAUUAAUGUAUCGGACAACAUCCCCGUGCGAAGGCCCACAGCUCGAACCAAUCGCUAAACAGGACGGUCCUACAUGAAUGGGUAUCAGAAUUAUAACAAUGACAUGUUCAUCGGAACAUAG